AUGUGGUGGAUUUUUGAAUUUAUACGUCGAUUUUUUUUCGUUAUAUUUAGAGAAAGUACACAAAUUGUGGAUCCUAGGGCAGAAAUCCAGGAAAAGGAUUUAAUGAUCAGAAAAUUAGAAAAUGAGAAUUUAAGUUACCGCGAAACCCUUAUAAAUUUUCAAAAAGACUGCGAAUAUUACAAGAAACUAUUCCACAAUGAAAGGAAAGAAAAUAUGCUGUUGAACAGUAAAUUAUCUGCGUACGCCCAGAAAAUCAAUUUGCUUGAAAAAAAAAAUAUGGAAUUAAAAGAUGAGGCGUCUAAAUAUCAACUAGCGCUGGGAAACACAACAAAUUUUCGAUUUAAUGACGAUGAUCAGAAUAACAUUAUGCGGCUUAAGUCUGAUAUUGACGAUUUACAGAACAUGAUUGAAGAUUAUGUCACUAGUUUAAAAAAUGGUGUUGAAAUAAAUUUUGAAAAUGUUAACAAACUUUUACAACGCUAUGGAUCCCAAACCAAAAUUAGUCCUCAUACACAAGACAGGCGGUUAAUUAAAGCUGUCUUGCAACAUCAUGUCUUGAAAGAAAUUUUAUCAUACUCAGAUAUGUGCCAUGAAAAUCUUUGUAUGGGAACAUAUGCUCUCGAAUCAAAUAUUAUUCGUAAGGCAGACGAAUUAAUUGAACUAAUUAGGAGAUUUUCAGACGAACGUAUUGGCACAGACGAUGUUACUAGGGUAGCAUCUAUAAAAUUACGUCAACAAGUCUAUGUUAUGCUUGGUCAUCGUGGAUAUGCUAACGUAUGUGAAAAAAAAUAUAAGAAUAAGCAUCUAUUUCUGUCUAUGUUUCAAAAUGAUUUAAAUAAUUCAAUGAAUAAACUUCGUGUACUCACUGAACCUAAAAAGAGGUCCACAGUUGAAGGAAUGGCGGAAAAAUUGAUUCAAGAAGUAAUUAGAAUAUUCAAGUUUCGAUUCAAAGUUCAGGAGCCAAUUAUUGAAAUUCAGUGGAUGAAUUAUGGUACAAAAAUAAUUGAGGAGUGUGUUGAAAAACAUCAUGAGAAUUUUAAAGAUGCUUUGGUUGAUGUCUGUUCUUUUCCUUUGAUUGGAAAGAAUUUAUCUAAUCACGCUAAACGAAAGAUACUUGCUCUUGCCAAAGUAGUUCCAAUUUACACAAACUAA